AUGGAAAACAUCCCUUAUGCAAAUGUAAUUGGGUCAGUCAUGUAUGUCAUGAUAAGCACCAGACCAGACAUUUCCUUUGCAAUUUCCCUAAGUAGAUUCAUGUCAAACCCUGGCUUUGAACAUUGGCUUGCUCUUAAAUGGCUGCUUAGAUACAUUAAUAGUUCUUUGCAUGUUGGCUUGGAAUAUGGAAAAAGAUAUGACUCACUUGAUCUUGUAGGUUUUGUAGAUUUUGAUUUUGCAAGUGACAAAGAUUCAAGAAAAUAUACCACUACAUACUUGUUCACCUUGGAAGGAAACUAUGUAAGCUGGAAGUCCCAACUUCAGCCAAUCGUUGCUCUGUCCACAACUGAGGCAGAGUAUGUGGCUGUGACAGAUGUUUUCAAAGAAGCUCUCUGGCUUCAAGGGCUAUUGUCAGAAGUUAAGCUACUUGAGGGUGCAGUCACUGUCUAUUUAGACAGCCAAAGUGCCAUACAUUUGAGCAAGAAUCCUAUCUACUAUGAAAGGACCAAACAUGUUGAUGUCAAAUACCAUUUUGUGAGGGAGCUGGUGGAUAAAGGGGUGAUCAAUCUGAAAAAGGUGUCAAUAGAGGACAACCCUCCAGAUAUAGGAACAAAGGUGGGCUCUCCAGCCAAGUUCAAGCACUGCUUGAACCUGCAGCAUAUUAAGUGA